AUGAUACUCCUCUUCUCCAACUAUAUAUUAACGUAUUUACAAGAAAAAGUAUUCUGUGUAGAUUCUGUGGUGGAGCAUUGCUCGCGGCGUAUUUUCCUGACAAUGUUUUUAAAAUUGUGCUGUCAGUUUCCUUCUAUAUUUUAUAAAAGUUCCAAAUCGCUUAAACUCGCAGCAAUACCGUACCAUUAUGCAAAAUGUUUGGCAGCCAGCAACAUUCAGACACGAAGAUUUUCUUCAAGGGGUACAAAUUGCCCCACAACUAAAACUGAUGUUACACAAGUGUAUUCCGGUGUACUUACUCCUCAAAUGAAAAGAGUUAAGAUAUUUUCUUUGGCGUCUAGUGUUAUGGGUAUCAUCGCUCAACCUUUUCUAUAUAAUCAAUUAAUUGAUCAUGGAAACAUGCCCAUUAUAGUGGUGGCCUACUCUUUCAUAGGAUUUUUUACUUUUGUUACUCCCCUGUUGUUACAUUUUAUUACCAAAAAGUAUGUGACUGUCCUAGAAUACAACUCAAAGUUGGACACAUAUACUGCCACGACAUUAAAUAUUUUUUGCAGGCCACAGAAAGUUGAGUUUAAAAUUAAUGACGUCGUAGUCCCGGAAGUUCCAGGCAUGUUUUCCACAUUUCAUGCAAAAAACAAAGCUUUUUUUGUUGAUCCAGAGAGUUUUGAUUACUUGGAGCAUUACUCUAAAAUAAUGGGUUAUGAUAAGCCAAUUGACUUGAAACUGGACACUUCACAAGCUCCUGCGCAAAUGAAAAAUAAGUUGUAAUUAAAAUAGUUGUUAUUUAUUUUGUUGAUGUAUUAUUUUGUUGACAGGUUAAUAAACAUUCUCCAAAUGACAUUUACUUUAGCCCUUAAUAACUAAAU